GCCUUUGGCUUAACUAUUACGCAAAUAUUGGCUACUAGCCAGUGUAUACGUAUCAUGUACUUAGUGAGUUUUAAUAUCAUCACUAAGGGUACCGGGAAAGGACGUACACCUAUUACAAGAAUGCGUGUCCUUGUCGCUGUGUUGUGUGUGACUACGGUAUGGGGAUACCGGCAUUUCCAGGAUGAGAUUCCUAACGGGGCAGCAGUACCACACCCGUGUAAGACCAACUUUAUCUGGUGGGGCGUGGGUCACCUCAACCCCCGGGGAGGGGGUAGCAUCAAUCCGUUUGGAGUGGACUUCAAGAAUGCGGGAAUGAAGUGGACAAGAGCCCUGUGUGAGAUGGACUCUGACGGAGACGGAGAGACAAACGGACAGGAGUUGGGAGACCCGGAUUGUGGGUGGACCAAAGGAAGUGUCGCGGCGGUCACCAAAGACAUCAGUCAUCCUGGUAUUUGUACUCCAUACUCGGAUCCCGCCUGCCAGGCAGUUAACACAUGGAUUGACUGCGAGCUUGAAGAUUUAGACUGUGAUGCAAAAGAUGGAGUUGGGACGAAGAAUAUGUCGCUAAGGAUCCCAAAAAUGGCCGUGCCCGCUUCCAUGACAAGUUACUACUGUAUGACAUACCAAAUGCCCUCCGACAUCGACUAUCAUAUAAUCAGUUUGGAACCCCUCGUGGACAAUGUAAAUGUGCUUCAUCAUAUACUUAUAUAUGGUUGUGAGGAUUCAGAUGAAACAAUCUACCAUACGCCUAAACCAUGCGAAAUGUACACUCAACAGUGUCCUUCAUAUCUGGCGGGCUGGGGAAUCGGAGAAAAGGGCACAUGUCUUUACAAAGAGACUGGUUUCAGGAUUGGAAAAACUGGGUUUAGGACAAUCUUGUUACAGUUUCACUGGAACAAUCCGGAGCUUCGUGUCGACUACACAGAUAACUCUGGCCUGAACGUGUUCUACACUCCGAUUCUCCGACCAUAUGAUGCUAAAAUGCUCACGGUGGGCACGAGAUACUUUGAAAUCCCACCUGGUGAACAGGAGGUCAAAGUUGAAGGCCGGUGUAGUACUGAUUGCUCCUCGCUCUUAUUGACUGGACCAGUGUACAUCACAAUGGCGAAUAGCCACAUGCACUACCUCGGAAGAAAACAAACAUUUCAACAGUACAGAAACGGAGUGUGGAUCAGGGACAUUAGCAACAUAGAUGGGUUUCAAUACGAUGCAAUCACUGAGUAUCAUUUUGACCCUCCUAUCGAAGUCUUGCCUGGGGAUGAACUUAGAACAACCUGUACAUACCAAACUGUUAGCAGAGACAAAACGACAUUCGAAGGCGAAGGGACUUCAGAUGAAAUGUGUUUUGUUUUCUUAAGAAUCUUUCCGGCAGCAAACACAAAAGGGUCGUUUUGUUUGUCCUGGAAGAAGUAUGAUCUAUGUAAACUUUUUACUUUUCCAUCAGAGUUCCCGGAUAUUGACGGCUGCAAAAUUACAUCAAUGUUAAAUCCUUUCCAUCCAGACCUCAUUAGUCUCAUGUCCAACCUGAAGAAACUUUGUAAACCCUUCGAUAUUUGCACGCAAGAAUGCAAACAUUUUAUCAAAGGUACAUUAUCGAAUGACAAGUGUAUCAAUAGCGAAUUAAACCAAUUGUUACGUCAACUUUCCUUCCAACACCUACCCAUCUACACGGAAGUAUGGGCGGCCAUUGAUUCCUGUAAAACAGAGAUUGAAAUGGAGACUUGUCAAGAACAAUGUGAUUCGGAACAGUGAACAGACGUGGAAAAUUCAAGGCUAAUGAGUAUUAAAUUAUUCUGUUAAUGGAAAUAUCGAUCAAUUUAGUCACACAUGGCUGUACAAGAUGUUAUGUGAUUUUGUAGCAUGCCUAUUAUUUUGUUCAUGAAUGGAUUUUGUUAUUUUGGUAAAAAUAUUGUUACGGAAGCAUAGUAAAACGAAUAAAUUAUUCUGCAAUAUUC